AGUAAGUAUGAAUUAGUAGCUUGUAAGGAAACAAGUUUCACUUCUCUUCCUUUCAUACUCAUGCAGUUUUUCAUAACCGGUGUGGUUUCUUUUUUUCCCCAGAAUUUGUUUUUCUUUCACAGUUUUAUUUGUCUGCAAUAAGUUUUAUAUUCCACAAUUCUGAAAAAUUUCAGGUUGGAUGAGUUGUUAUUUCAGUAGAAGCUGGAGUGGUAAUUCUUACUAAGAUUACUUUCUUUGUAUUUAUGUAGCAGCAGUACUACAUAUCCUUGGUUUGUGAUCCACCAGUUUAAGUGUACUUAGUUCUUUUUUGAUGCUGUGUUUGUGCAAUGAACAUUUUUGUGAGGACCUCUCACAAAUACACCUUUGGUUCAAGUUUAAAUAUUUAUAAGCCUGUAAGAGAAGAUAAAUUUUCAAUUCUGAUUAUUCUGUCAGUGAUUUAGACAAUGACCCCAGAGAGGCCCCAUCUUUUAUUGUAUGCUUUGCUUUUUACUGAUGUGGAACAAAUAGGACUAAGGCAAAAGAGGUAGACAGUGAACUUGCAGAGAGAUCUUUUUACGAUGAGAAUUAGAAUUUUGUGAUUUGGUCAUACAUGCUGCAGCGCCAAACAGUUUGAAUGCAAUGUUUUGAUAUGCAUGCAAAUUAAUAGAAAUAUACUUGCAGUCUUCUUUCAGCUGUUGCUCCUUUUUUGAAUGGAUAAAUUAGUUGUUUUCUGUUUGGUAGAGCAAUCCAAGAAGGAAAAAACUGCACAAAGAAGUGUUUUACAUAUCCUGUAUUUCUAGAUGCAUUAAAUGAAAUAGCCAUUUUCAUCAACUUGAACUGUUGUGUCACUGCAAUAGACUCUAUAUGAGGCAUUUUUGUUGUGCAGGCAUCAAUUGCACUGCAAAAUUUUGCCAAAUAUGAGCUGACGUUUAAAAAUUACUGGUUUCUAUUUCAUGGCAUAGCUUGUUUGACUUGUCUUGAUUUCAAAAAAUUGCCUUUAAAAGUACUUCCAGAUACAGUGCAGCAUAGAACAACAGCAUGGUGUUUAAAAGCAAAAAAGGUAGACCUGGUAAUUAUCAACUUAAAAAGCACCCAUAAAUAAACCAGUGCCUUUCACUCUGCAGCAAAAUGUGGAAAUUCCACCUCCACGUUCAACUCAGUGAUGGAUAUUGUCUCAGUUCAAAAAAUGGGAAUGUUUCUCUAAGGCAGCAAAACCAACUAAUUUGAUUCUUCUUAUUCUUGGCUUUACUAACUUGAUGGCCUGUUGCCAAAAAUCAAUGAUGCAGUCACAAGCAAGUGCUUAAGCGCUUCCUUUCCCUCCUUUUAUUUCAUCUGGACUCUUGCAUGCUAGGAAUUGAAAUUCUUAGAGUCUGCUUAGAGUAAGAGAUCUCCUCUAUCUAAACUUCCCUGAAACCAUUGAUAACAUAACUUUGCAACCUGUUUGUAUGUAUUGUUUUCUUUUCUUCCACCUUGGCUGCAAACUCUCUCAGGUCUCCGCUGGUUCAUCCGCCAAGCCAUGGAUGCCGCUCGACCCACAACAGCCCAAUUCACACUGCUACUGGCUCACGACUCACUCAGAACUUCUCUGUGUCUGUUCCCACUCUCAUCUACACUGGAUUCCUUUCAAUGAAGAUCCCAAUCCCAAUACAUAUUCAUCAGGACCCUCCACCCCUCUGAAAAACCAAACCUAUUCCUUUUCACCUUCCAAGUCCUACAGUCGACAGUCCUCUUCUUCUGACACAGAUUUGAGUUUGACACCCAAAACUGCACCUUCCCCACAGGGACCUAGGAUUUUCCUGUUUCCCAGCUCCCCUACACUCUCUUGUGAUUUCCCACAUCUUAAAAAGUCCUGUCUCCUCCUCUCGGGGUCUAGCAUUAAACCUCUACACUCUAGCCAUGUCAGCCCAGUUGUUCUGAGGAAAAGUGUUUCUUUCACUGAAGAGCUGCUUCUGGCUGCUUCUGGAAUGGGCAGUGGGAGUGCUGGAAAAGAAGGGGGGCCAUUUAAAACUCUUUUAAGACAACAGACUCAGUCAGCUCUGGAACAAAGGGGAGGAUCGCCCCGUAGGUUCUGUACCAGGCGGGAAUUCCCGUUCUUCACCCUCACCACCUUCCCGCCAGGCUUCCUGCUCCACGUCGGGGGCGUCGUCAGCGCGCGCUCGGUGAAGCUGCUGGAUCGCAUCCACAAUCCUGCCUUUGUCGGAAUAAUGGGUAACACAAGAUCAUACAAACUGCUAGACUGGAAUAGUUUCAAUUCAGAUGAACCGGAGACACGAGAUGCCUGGUGGGCAGAAAUCAGACAAGAAAUAAAAUCCCAUGCCAAGGCAUUGGGUUGUCAUGCUGUAGUGGGCUACAGUGAAUCAACCAGCAUUUGUGAAGAGGUCUGUAUUUUGUCUGCAUCUGGCACAGCAGCUGUACUGAACCCUAGGUUCCUUCAGGAUGGCACCAUGGAAGGCUGUUUGGAACAAAGGUUGUCUUGGCAGCCUGGCUUCUUUUCCAUAGGGUCAGAGAAGGGAGAGGUUGAUUUUUUUCCUCAGAGCCAAGAUAGUUCUUCUCUAUUAGGGAUUGAAGAAGCUUCACCACCAGGCUGUGGAUUUUGCCAUAUCCCAUAUGAUGAAUUGAACAUGCCAUUUCCUGCUCACCUCACUUACUGUUACAACUGCAGGAAGCAAAAAGUUCCUGAUGUCCUUUUCACCACAAUUGAUCUUCCUGUCGAGGCAAUAGUUGUUGGGAAGGGAUGUCUUAUUCAAGCCAGGUUGUGCCGGCUGAAGAAGAAAGCCCAGGCUGAAGCAAAUGCAACCUCUAUCAGUAACCUCCUGCCAUUCAUGGAGUAUGAGGUGCACACACAGCUGAUGAACAAACUCAAGCUGAGGGGAAUGAAUGCCCUCUUUGGGCUGAGAAUCCAGAUCACUGUGGGGGAAAAUAUGCUGAUGGGCUUGGCAUCUGCAACAGGUGUGUAUUUAGCAGCUUUGCCAACACCUGGAGGUAUUCAGAUUGCUGGGAAGACUCCAAAUGAUGGCACCUAUGAGCAGCACAUAUCCCAUAUGCAAAAGAAAAUAAAUGAUACAAUAGCAAAGAACAAGGAACUUUAUGAGAUUAAUCCUCCAGAGUUACCUGAAGAAAUUAUUGGGUCUCCCAUUCCAGAGCCAAGACAACGUUCCAGGCUGUUGAGAUCGCAGUCAGAAAGCUCUGAUGAAGUUACAGAGCUUGACCUUUCACAUGGGAAGAAGGAUGCUUUUGUCUUGGAGAUUGAUGACACAGAUGCAAUGGAAGAUGUACAUUCUUUACUGACAGAUGUUCCACCACCUUCUGGUUUCUACAGUUGCAACACAGAAAUUAUGCCUGGUAUAAAUAACUGGACACCAGAAAUUCAAAUGUUCACAGCAGUUAGAGUGUCCAGAUUAAGCAACAUUAACCCAACAAAUCAAACACUCAAUAAGAACUUUAAUGAUCUCUGUGAGAAUCUGUUGAAGAGUUUGUAUUUUAAACUGCGGUCCAUGGUUCCUUGCUGCCUUUGCCAUGUGAACUUCACAGUGGCUCUGCCAGAGGAUGAGCUGGUCCAGAUUGCAGUCACAGCUGUUGCCAUUACAUAUGACAAAAACCAAGCGCUACAAGCCAACAAAGCACCUACAGAAAAAUCACAGCAAAGAGCAUCUACAGACAAUGAAGAACAGCUACAAUUUCCCCUGGAACUUUGCUCUGAUCCCCUUUCUUCUCAACCAUUCUCUCCAGCUAAAGAAGUCCUGGAGGGUGCAAGCUCCCACACAGGUAUUCCUGCUGCUCAGAGAGCAACGUCAGUUGAUUACAGUUCCUUUGCAGACAGAUGCAACAGCUGGAUAGAGCUCAUUAAACUGAAAGCUCAGACCAUAAGGCGCGGAUCAAUUAAGACAACGACUUCCCUUGAAAAAGCAAGUCCAUUGGCUGAGGGAUACUUACGGCACCGUUCUGUCCCAUCGUGCACCAAUUCCACUGUCUCAGUUGUUAAGAUGACACCUCUUUCCUUUCUCCCUGGGGCGAAAAUAACCAAAUACCUUGGGAUAAUCAACAUGUUUUUUAUACGAGAAACCACUUCUUUGCGUGAGGAGGGUGGUGUCAGUGGCUUCCUGCACGCUUUUAUUGCUGAAGUGUUUGCCAUGGUGAGAGCCCAUGUUGCAGCUCUGGGAGGGAAUGCAGUUGUGUCAUACAUAAUGAAGCAGUGUGUUUUCAUGGAGAACCCAAACAAAAAUCAGGCUCAGUGCUUGAUCAAUGUCAGUGGUGAUGCUGUCAUCUUUGUCCGUGAGUCUGAGCUGGAGAUGCUGCCAGUGCAGCCUUCUGCAGCUGCUCCUCAGCACACGAGUUCUGCAGGAGAUGUCACAACAUGAAGGCACAGCAAGUGAAGUAGUCACUGCUGCAUAUAACGGUUAUUUAAAAUGUGGGAAUCUUUAGGUUUGCAUCUUCAAAGUCAGUAUCUUUCCAUGACAUUCACAGCCAAAAUCCAGGACAAUCACUCUUUUUUUGUUGUCGUACAACUUAGGUAAGUCAGAGCAGCGAACUGGCAAACUGGCAGUGUGCUCUGGUUCUUCUGUUACUGUGCUUGGCCUCUGUGAAACCAGGCAGCAGGUGAAGCACUCACAGGAGAACUUGGAUUAGAAUAGCAGGCGUCUCAUGGAACUGUGGAAGGAAGGAAAAAUUCUGUUCCAUUUUUGAACUGUUCAGUGGGACCCUGAUAAUUUGUCAUUCAGAGCCAUUUCCGAGUUUGAGUGUUCUCUGAGCUGAUUCUCAGGUCAGGGUGGGAGGGACGUGCCUGAGAAGUCUGUGUUGGAAACCUUUGAUGGAGAAGGGAGAGAUUUGUGUGCAGGCCAAGAAAACAUGGGCUGGACUCUGAAGUUCCUUUGCAUCGUAGAGUGUGAAGAUGAAAAAGGAGAACCAAAAAGUUACGGUUUGAAUUUCUGCUCAUUGAAAGUUUUUUUUUCUUAUUUUGUUGUUGUUUUUAUAUUUGGGAGCUGGAGUGUGGUGUUUUUUGUUUGUUUGUUUGUGGGUUUUUGGUUUUUUUGUUUGUUUUUUUUUUUUUUUUUUCCAGACCACAAUGCUGUGAUCCUGGGCGUCCCUGUGGUGGGACAAAAAAGCCCCAGAACACAAUAAAAAGUUGCAGGGUGUGUCUGGUCCUAGUACAAGAUGUUAAUUUCAGUAUUGACAAAGCAGGUCUUUUGUUAUUUAAGACUUUGUGAAUGAAUUGUCCUGAGAUUCAUUUUCUUAAGGCAGGAUCUGUUUCAAGGAUGACCUAAACAGUCCCCCCAAAAUGGCUUGUGCAGAGGUUAUUCUGCAGCCUCCUUCCUGUUUAAAUGUCUGGCUAAUUGGAGACUGAUUUAUGUGUGUGACACUGGUUCCACUAGGCUUUUUUUGUUCUUUUCCAGUGCUGUAGCUGGGAAAUAAGGGUACUGCAAAGACAGGAAAUUUGUCAUUUCCAGUAAAAGUCUGAAAGUUGGUGAUACUCUAUUGUAAAAAAAAAACAAACCCCACACCAAAAACCUUUGCUUUGAAGAUGCAUUCUUGCUUAAUUCUGACAACAUUGUACAUGUAACUUGAACAAAGAUGUAAACUUGAAUGUAAAUACUCUGUUCAGUGUUGAAAUUAAGCAAUGGCAUGAAUAUUUGUUAAAACUAAUUAUUUCAUUGUAAAUGAGCAUGAAAAUCAUUCUUGCACAAUAAAUAUCUUUAUAAAA